CGUAUGAUCCCGUUGACAUUUCAGGCUGUGGCUCUUAUUCAAUAACGUUUGCAGCAGAGGAACAGCGAAGCUUCCUGCCGGGAGUUCAACGAGCAGAACCGCGGUGGUUUGUGACUGAGCGGCUGGGCAGGCGACAGACGGAGGAUGUCUCAGGUGCUGAGGCUCCUUUCGGCAGUCGCUCUGCCUCUCUGCCGGCCUGGGGGAACCCGGGCUCGGCUCUUCGCGGUGAGCGCAGCACGGCUCUUCUCAGCCGCAUAUCGGAGCUCCGCUGCCCCGAACUGCUAUCGGAUUCCAGCUCACUUCCCAUUCAGUCGCAGAUUCCAGACAGCACAGCGACGACUGUACUCCAGUGAACCCAAAG